UUUGAGGAGGUACUUGCUAUAUUAACAGUAACUACUAAAUUUCUUCAACAGUAUAAUUUCCUUUUCUCCCCACUGUACUUGGUGUCAUGCAAGACUCUACUCAUACUGAUUAAGGAUACUGGAAGAGUGACGAUCAGAGAAUUGUGAGUGUGAAACCUUAAUGAGCAUAAUAAGCUCCUCAUACAGACGAAGGAAUUACCCAUCGCUUUAAGUACUGUUGCUUUUACUUUAACCAGACCACUGUGACAACUAGAAAAGCUCCUGUGACAAAAACCAAGAAAAUCUAAUAUAAAUGAACAAUAACUCGACAUGCAUUCAACCAUCCGUGAUUUCUACCACAGCUUUACCGAUCAUUUACAUCUUUUUGUGUAUUGUUGGUCUCUUUGGAAACUCACUUGCUCAGUGGGUAUUUUUAACAAAAAUAGGUAAGAAAACAUCAACACAUAUCUACUUGUCAAAUCUUGUGACUGCAAACUUACUUGUAUGCACUGCUAUGCCUUUCAUGGGCAUAUAUUUCUUGAAGGGUUUUUAUUGGAAAUAUCAAUCUGUACAAUGCAGACUGGUCAAUUUUUUGGGAACUUUAUCCAUGCAUGUAAGCAUGUUUGUCAGCCUCUUAAUUUUAAGCUGGAUUGCCAUAAGCCGCUAUGCUACCUUAAUGAAAAAGGAGUCCAUGCAAGAGGCCACCUCAUGCUACGAGAGAAUGUUUUAUGGCCAUUUACUGAAAAGAUUUCGCCAGCCCAACUUUGCCAGAACAAUGUGUAUUUAUAUAUGGGGAGUUGUGCUUGUCGUAAUUAUUCCAGUUACCCUAUACUACUCAGUGGUCGAGGCUACAGAAGAAGGAGAGAGCCAGUGCUACAAUCGGCAGAUGGAACUGGGAGCCAGCCCUUCUCAGAUUGCGGGUCUCAUUGGAACCACAUUUAUUGGAUUCUCCUUUUUAGUAGUAGUAACAUCAUACUAUUCUCUUGUCAGCCAUCUGAGAAGAGUAAGGACUUGUACCUCCAUUACUGAGAAAGAUUUGACCUACAGAUCUGUGAAAAGACACCUUUUGAUCAUCCAGGUCCUCCUAGUAGUUUGCUUUCUUCCAUAUAGUAUUUUUAAACCCAUUUUUUAUGUUCUGCACCAAAGAGAAGGAGACUGUCAGCAGCUGAAUUAUUUAAUAGAAGCAAAAAAUAUCCUCACUUGUCUUGCAUCAGCCAGAAGUAGUACAGACCCCAUAAUAUUUCUUUUAUUAGAUAAAACAUUCAAGAAGACACUAUAUGAGCUCCUUGCAAAAUCUUAAUUCACUGCACAUACUACCAUAUGGUUGGCUUUUGGAUAGAAAACACCACAAAUAGAAAAAAAUGCAUCUGACUCUACUAGUGACAUUAACGGGCACUAAGAAAACCUCUAUGAGUUUUUAAAAAAGAUAUAUGCAUAAAAUUGGACUUAUAGUUCUACUUAUAUUGAAAGACUAGAUGGCAGAGACUUUUAGAAACAAGUCAAGUAUACCAAAAGGUUUCGAUUGUAUAUGCAGUUAGAAUUUUUUUCUUCAGUCAGUUGUGAAUCUUCUGUUCAAAACACAAUAUUUUAUGACAAAGAACCAAAAAGGUUUAUGGGUUUGCCUGCUUUCUAACCUAAUGCAAGUACCUAUCUAUGGUCAGAUUUGAUUUGUUGUUAACUUGAAAAAAUAAUUAGAAAAAUGUAAGUACUGGAAAAGUCAACUAGUAAGAAAUGUCUUUAUUUAAAUCCCAUCUAACUGCAUGAAUAAUACAGUGUGAAGUCAAUUUGGUAUUAUUUGGCUCAUUUUACUGGGAAAGGCGAUAUUCAAUGAUUCUAAUAUUUAAUACAUAGACUUCACUUACAAAAAUUUGGAUUACAUUUGUCAAAAUAAAAACUAUAUAUAUAUAUAUAUAUAUAUAUAUAUAUAAUUAUAUGCCCAACUAUAUGCUAUUUUUAUAUAUUUCCAAUAUAAAUAGUAGCACUAUCAAUAAUGACAGUACCUGCCAUAUGUAUAAUUAAUUAUUGUAAAUUAAAGAAAUUUAGUAUAAAGAAGUGUAAUCAUGUUGGAUAAAAGGCUGGCCUCUGGAUUCAAACUCUCUGGGUUCAAUACUAGCUCCAUCUCUUAUUUAGCUGGAGAAUCUUGGGCAAAUUACUUACCUUCUUUACAUAUUAGUUUCUUUAAUUUUGGAACAGAAAAUAUGACCUGAUUCAUAUCACUAUUAUUAAAUCAGAUGCUGUUUGUAUUGUGAGCUACCAGCUAGUCAGUACUUGAUAUGUUUUGACUACCCUCUGUGUAUAUGUUUCAGGAUUAUAAUUUUAAUCAUCACAACCACAAAGCAGGUUAAUGUACACACUGAUGAAAAACCCAGAUAUAAAUUAAGUGAUUAUCCCAAUUCCUCCAGUGUUUAAGAAGCAAUCAUUUUUUAGUCAUAAUUUCUUUCAUGUAAUCUUGCCAGUAAGAAAAAGUGAUUAAAUUCUGUAUUGUAUAUAUUAUGAUUAAAAAUAAAAAAGUGUUCUCCAAA